AUGUUCCGUAGCUCCACGGUACGUAUCCUCCUGCUGGCGAGCAAGAUAACGGGUCGUUACACUACAUGUACACCCAACGACAAACCCGUCAUCAUGAAGUUCUCCGCUGCCAUUGUCGGCCUCGCCGUCGCCGCUCCCAUGGCCUCUGCCAUUCCCUUCCGCAUCGCCGACUUUAUCGCCCCCAUGGCUCGUGCUCCCGCUCCGGCCGCCGCUCCGGCCGCCGCCGCCCCCGAGCACCUCCCUCUCCCUCCUCUCCCGCCCCUGCCCAUCAACCUCACCCACCCGGCUCCGGAGAAGCGCCAUGACCACCGGAAGCCCGAGUUCCCCUUCCCUCCUCCUCCCCCCGGCCUGAACUUCACCCAACCUCCCCCCUUCGCCAAGCGCUACGACCACGAUGACGACCACGACCACGACCACGGCAAGCCCGAGUUCCCCUUCCCUCCUCCCCCUCCCGGCCGCAACUCCACCCAGCCCCCUCCUCCCCCUUCUAAGCGCGGCAAGCUCCCGGAGCACAUCGAGGGUCCUCCUCCCUUCCCCACCCCCGAGUUCCCCAACCCCGGAAACGGUACCAGGCUGCCUCCUCCCCCCGCCAAGCGUCACCUGUUUCCCGGAAAGCCUGGCUCUCCCCGCCCCGGAAAGCCCGACUUUCCUCUUCCCAAGUUCCCCAUCCCUGGCAACUCCACUCACGGCCAGUAA